AUGGAAGAGGAGGAGAAGGAUGAGGAUGUUGAUGAGAAGAAGGAGGAUGAAAAAAAGAAGGAGACAGAAAGGGAGGAUAAGAAGAAAAAGAAGAAGAAAAAGCAGCAGGAAGAAAGAACAAGAAAGAAAAAAAAAUAAGAAGAAGGAAAAGGAGGAAAAGAAAAGGAGGAGGAGGAGAAGAAGAAGCAGGAUGAAUGAAGAAGAAAGAAGAAGAAGGAAAAGAAAAAGGAGGAGGAGGAGAAGAAGACAGAAAACAAGAAGAAGAAGAACAAGAAGAAGAAGAAGAAGAACAACAAGAAGAAGAAGAAGAAGAACAAGAACAAGAAGAAGAAG